AUGAAUCAAAUACGCGCGAUUCAGGCGCUGAACAAGAAGGAGAUCGAGAAUGGAAUCACUCCAGAAGCUUCAUGGCAUACCGACUACCGCGACACUGCCUACGUUUAUUUCGGCGGUCUACCUUACGAAAUGUCAGAAGGCGAUGUUAUUACGAUUUUCUCACAAUUCGGAGAACCUGUUUGGCUAAAACUGUCCCGUGAUAAGGAGACGGGCAAGUCAAAAGGGUUUGGAUGGCUAAAAUAUGAGGACCAGCGAAGCACCGACUUGGCAGUCGACAACCUUGGCGGAGCAGAUAUCGGUGGUCGCCUUGUUCGGGUCGACCAUGCGCGAUACAAGGCACGGGACGAUGAGGACCCAGAUGAGUUCAAGGUCGGCUGGGAAGACAUGUUAAAGCGAGAAGGUCAAGUUUUGUCAGAAGAUGAGAGCAGCGAAGAAGAAGUUCAGCGACCGAUGCUGCCAGAAGAAAGGGAACUCGCACUUCUGAUGCAAGAACACGACGACGACGAUCCUAUGAAGGGAUUCUUGAUCGAAGAGAAGAAGAAAGAAGUCGAAGAGGCACGGCGCAAGGCAGAUAAAAAGGGUCGCAAAGACAAGCACAGACACCACAGGUCACAUCGAUCACGGCGGGAUGGGGGCGAUGAGGAUAGGCACCACAGAUCAAGACGACAUGAGAGUCCCGCAGACAGGGAGGAUCGCCACCGGGAUAAAGAUUCGCGUCGGCACAGAGACAAUAAUGAUGAUCGAGAGAAAAAACGUGAUGGAGGCAGAGACAGAGACAGGCGGAGAGAGAGGACUGAAGACGGCGAGGAUCGCGACCGUCAUCGGGAGCGACGAAAAGACCGGGACCAAGAGCAUCGCAGACAUAGGGACGAUCAUGAGGAGUCGCGGCAUAAGAGACGCAGAGACGAAGAUCCCGAUAGAAGGUCAAGACGACGAAGUCGGAGUCAAUCACCAAGACGCCGCAGUGAUUAA